AUGACAGAGUACCGUCACGUUUACUCAGAUCGUGGACGUCUGCGCUACAUCCCCGAACAUCUGCCAGAACCCUCGCGACUUCGACGCGGUCUCUUCCAGGGACGUCCUCGCCGACCGCACCGCAUCCACAUCGCACACGUCGCACCCGACCCAACUCUCCACCGCCGCCAGAAGCGGGAGACGACUAGCCAGUCGUAUUUUACAGAAAAGCUGGCGGGCCCCCGCGAGAACGCCAAACGCUACUUGCGCAACCUGCUCGAUAAGCAGUUCGCCACACCUUCUGAUCCUGCAGACAUUGUUCUGCCCCGGUCGUCUACCAAUAGCAACCGCACCUCCAUUGCCUCCAUCCCCGAGAGCAGGCUCUCCGCCGCCCCUAGCGACAUGCGUUCGACACCCAGAGCCUCCGGUGCUGUAGGUUCGUUUGGGCACAUGUCUGCGUCGCAAGCUCACAUCGACAUGUCUCGGCCCUCGUUGUCAGAGUCGCAACUCUCGUCUGGACGGUCCUCGGCCAAGAACGCCAUCAGCAGUGUGCGCGCAAUGCCAGAAGAGAAGCCGGUAGCAUCAGGAGGCGGUGUAAGCGUCAACAUAUCGCUCACGGAGCCUGUGCUGUUCCUCCAGGGUUUCGAACAGAGCGAGCACGCUGAGCGAAGCACUGCUAUGCUCCGCGGAUCUUUGAUUCUGAAAGUCACAAAGCCUACCAAGCUCAAGGCCAUAACGCUGAAAUUCAGAGGAAAAGCCGUGACCAAGUGGCCUGAGGGUAUCCCUCCCAAGAAGGUCGACUUUGAAGAAGUUGACAUCCUCAUGAACCACACGUGGCCAUUCUUCAACGCUCAGUUCCCCACUGCGGAGAAUGGUACUGGCGCAGAUCGUGUGGAGCUUUACAAGAGCAGUGGAGGCCUUGGCUCCUCCCCGAACACAUCAUCGACAAACCUCACGUCAAAAGAAGCAAAGAGAUUAUCUCUUCAGGUGAACCACUCGCGCAGCUUUGGAAAGGGCGAAUCCCCGUCAGGCGGGCCUUCGGUAGCACAGAAAGGUUACAGAACCUUCAACGCUGGCGAGUACAUGUACAACUUCGAGCUCCCCCUAGACAGCCACCUACCGGAAACCAUCGAUGUCGACCUUGGCUCCGUCAAGUACGAAAUGGAGGCUACUGUUGAGCGAGCUGGAGCGUUCCGCACGAACCUUCUUGGCACCAAAGAGGUCACUCUUGUUCGCACGCCUGCAGAAGGCUCGCUUGAACAAGUUGAGCCCAUCGCUAUCAGUCGCAGCUGGGAAGACCAAUUACAUUAUGACAUUGUCAUCUCUGGAAAAUCCUUCCCACUGGGCGCUCAGGUCCCCAUUGCGUUCAAGCUUACACCGCUGGCCAAGGUGCAAUGCCACCGAAUCAAGGUCUUUGUCACAGAAAAUGUCGAGUACUUUUGCAACCAAAAGCGUGUUCACCGCAUGGAGCCUGUACGGAAAGUGCAGCUUUUUGAGAAGCGCGCCGAUGGGCCACCCACUAGCACCUUUCCCGGUAGCACGAUGAGGAUAGUAUCAGGAGGUGGUGUUCCAUACGAUCAAAGAGCUGCGGCUGCACGAGGCGAAGACGUGCAAGUACAAGAUCCGGGGAACUUGCUUGGUGACCUCAACGGGGAAGGUAACAUUGGACCCACCGAGAUGGAGUUCAACGUACAACUGCCAAGCUGUCACAACCUGCGGGACAAGGACAAGCAUUCGCGGCUACAUUACGAUACUACGUACCAGAACAUCCAGGUACACCACUGGAUAAAGCUGGUCAUGCGCCUCUCGAAACCCGACAAGACGGAUCCAACAAAGAGACGGCACUUCGAGAUCUCCAUCGACUCGCCAUUCCACAUCCUCUCCUGUCAGGCUACACAGGCAAACACGGCGCUACCAGCCUACUCAUCACCUGAGCCUUACGUUGGUGACUCGCGGGUACCCGAGUGCGGCUGCCCAAAUGCACCUAUCCGCCGCACGUCUCCGACCGGUCGGGUUCCAACACUAAGCUCCAUGGGUCGUUCAAGAGGCAACUCGGAUGCACCCAUUCCGACACCGAUGCCGACACUCGCACGACCACAAGCAGCACACAUCGGCGGUCCAGCCGACAACGCUGUCCAACGGCCCAUCCACCUCCUCCGUGUGCCAUCUUUCGCACCACCAGAGUUCUCGGAAGACGAGCCACCGCCACCUCUCCAAACUCCUCCGCCUCAAUACGAAUCUAUCGCGUCGCCCACAAGUGGCCUCGCAGACUAUUUUGCUCGAUUGUCCGACGCAUACGAUGACGAUAGCGAGGGCGAGCGCGCAGACCACCGCCGUGUUGAGAUUCCCUUAACGCCUGGUGGGCGCACUGCUCGGAGCAUGGACGAGAGGAGAAUGUGGCUUCCGGUCGGGCAUUGA